AUGUAUCGUAUGAUUUGGGUGGAUGAGAGAGAUCGUGACUGCCUCAAAAUUUUGUGGCGAUGGAAUAAGGACGAGGAAAUUAAGGAAUAUCGGUUGAACACCGUUACAUUUGGCACGAAAUGCGCAUCAUUUCUAGCCACUAGAUGCGUUCAGCAGUUAAUGGAAUCAUAUAGAUCGCAAUAUCCUGUGGCAGUCGAGAAGGUGGAGAAAGGCAUCUACGUGGAUGACAUUCUCACAGGAGCGGAAACUGAGGAAGAAGCAAGGAAACUGAGGAAACAGCUCACCGAAAUGUUUGCAGACGGCGGAUUUCAUCUGAGGAAGUGGGCAUCCAAUUGCCCUCCUGUGUUGGAUGGAGUUCCUGAUGCUGAUAUUGAGGUGAAAUUCCGUAUUGCCGAAACCGAGGGCGACGUUAUCAAGGCCCUUGGAAUGCAUUGGCAGCCGUGCAGUGACGAGUUCCAGUUCUCUUUCCAACUUAACGAGAUCCUUCAGCCUACAAAGCGCAUCAUUCUGUCACAAAUUGCCAGCCUUUUUGAUCCGUUAGGCCUACUUUCUCCAGCAAUCGUCAAGAUACCUCGCCGUGUGAUCAACAUACAGAACUGGACUCGCAUCUACCUGCACGGCUACUGCGAUGCAUCCGAGGUGGCAAUGGGCGCGUGCGUUUACAUUCGUGCAGUGAACGACAACGGCGAUACUUCAUCACAACUGCUUUGUGCAAAGUCGAAGCUAGCGCCAAUCGGCAACGGCAGAUCAACUAUUCCCCGUCUGGAGUUAUGUGCUGCAGUGGUUCUUGCACGUCUAAUAGCCAACGUGAGCACGGCUCUAUCAACGUUAAAAUUUCACGAGGUGCGAGCCUUUUCGGAUUCCAAGGUCGUUCUGGCAUGGCUUUCAGGAGGUGCUUCCAAGUGGAAGAUAUUUGUAGCGAAUCGCGUUGCUGAAAUAUGCUCCCAUUUACCCGCUGUCAACUGGUUUCACGUCGCGACCAAUAAUAAUCCGGCAGAUUUAAUCUCUCGAGGGUCGUUUCCCGAUCAAUUAUUUCACAACUCGUUGUGGUGGUUUGGACCGAUUGGAAUCCAGAAGGGAAUGAAAUAUCAAGCACGGAGUGCACGCUCGACACUAAUGAACAACGUCAAAUUGGCAGAGAACAUCGCGCUAUCCCAGCGGUGA